AUGAUGAAGCCAACAUCAAGUCACCAGAUCAAGUAUCUGGCCGUGGUUGCUUCCAUUGUUUUUAUCUGGCUGGUCUGGCGGCUCGAUCUUCACCAACAAGUUGUCGAGCACGCGCGCAAGAUCACACACCCAAACAGCACGCCGUAUGAUGGCCUCGCCAACGCUGCCAACAGUGAGGUCCUCCCUCCCGCAAAGGCCGUCGAGUACUGUGACCACUACCGCCUGAAGCCGGCCAACCAUGAACUGGUCCGCAAGCGCAAGGUGUACGACUUGCUUCUCAUCAACACCGAGGUUGAGAUGCUCGAGGUCCGCAUGGGCCAGAUGGCUCCCUACGUCGACUACUUUGUCAUCAUCGAGUCUGACAAAACCUUUACCGACAAAGAGAAGCCGCUGUACAUCAAGGAGAACUGGGAUCUAUUCAAGCCGUGGCACAACAAGAUGAUCCUGCGCACCAUGGACCUCGAGGCCCUUAAGGACGGCAGCACCUGGGACCGCGAGACCAAGAGCCGCAACGCCAUGUACGAGCAGGUCAUUCCCAGCCUCGAGGGCGCUCAGCAGGCCUCGAUCGAUGAUAUUCUCAUCGUCUCCGACGUUGACGAGAUCCCCAAGCCCGAAGUCGUCCGCGCCUUGAGGAACUGCGAGAUCCCGCCCCGUGUCUCCAUCCACUCCAAGAUCUACUACUACUCGUACCAGUGGCUCGCCCGCAACGACUGGAACCAUCCCCAGGCUACCGUCUACCGCGGCGCCGACACCGUUCUCCCUGACGACCUCCGCCACAAUGCCAACGACUACCACUUCAACCACGGCGGCUGGCAUUGCAGCUACUGUUUUAGCACCGUCGAAGAGAUGGCGCAGAAGAUCAACUCCUUCUCCCAUGCCGAACUAAACAAGCCCGAGUUCAAGGACCCUGACUGGAUCGUCUCUGUAUCCCGCCGUGGACUCGACAUCUUCGGCAGAGGGGAUUCCAACUUUGACCGCGUCGAGGAGAACCACGACGUUCCGCACUAUGUCAAACACAACUCGGAAAAAUUCAAGUACCUGCUUGACCGCGAUCCGCCCAACGCCAACUUUAGGGACUACACUCCCAAGCCCACGUCAACGCCUGGAGCUUGA